AUGAAUAAGACUGGCAAUGCUGCCCCUGCCCGGAAAGCAGCAAAAAGAACCCCUACCCAGAACCCUAGACCCACUGCACCCUUAGUCCCAGAUGUUGACAGUGGCGUGCUGGACCAUGGAGAGACAGACAAACCAACAAACUCAUUUGUCAUCUCAAAACUACCUAGUGUCAGUGGAGGGAUGGAGAGUAGAGAGAGGGCAGAUGAAUCCAAAAACUCGUUCGUCAUCUCAAAACUACCUAGUGUCAGUGGUCAAGUGAUGAGUGGAGAUAGGAUGGAUGAACCAGCCAACUCAUUUGUCAUAUCAAAACUGCCAGGAGUCAGUAGUGAUGUGAACAGAGUGAGUGAAACAGGCGAACAAACAAACUUGUCCAUCAUCUCAAAACUGCCAAAGGUGGACAGUGCCAGCGGGCUAGCAAACGACAUGAGAUCACUCAAAAAUGCCCCCAUGGGCACGCUCACCAGGGACAACAUAGUGUUACCUAAGGGGGGUGCCUCAAAGGAAGGCCAGGGCGACAUGGUACUCCCGGUAGAUCAGGAUAUUAUGGGCCCUGCCUUAGUACCUGGAAACCAUAAGCCAUCGACGGCUGUUGCAGGCAGAGAAGGCCACUCACCUAUCACCAAAGUCAAGAAAGUGGUUUUGAGAUUGGAUAAACCCCCCACUAAACCACUGGAGGGUGGGAAGGUGACCGAGGAAUCAAACAGUGAAAGCCUACCACCAGGAACAUCCAAAAAUGGUGACAUCAGAAAUGACAUCACCCAGAUAAACAAAGACCCACAACAUGAAGACGAAUCAACAAGCAUUGCCCAGGACCUGUUGUCCACGUCCCCCCCUUGCUAA